AUGUCACUGCUCUUCCCACGGCCCGACACGCAUCGCGACCAAGCGAAGACGGGAUGCAGCGAUCUAGAAAGUGAAAUAGCGGAGAUAGAGGCCGAGGAAGCAGGACACGGUAUCAAGUUCCUGCGAGAGAUCGAGAAGGAGCUCAUGGCGAUUCCGAAGUCGGUUCUAAAUCACAGGCCCGAUAAUGAACUCGUUCUGUACGCUAUCCCUCGUUCGCUGAGCAUGCCUGAGGAGGAAGACAUCGUCCGGCCAAUCAUGGCGGAUGCGAGGGAGCGGGCGAGGGAGAAAAGCCUUGUGGAUACGAAUGGGGAAGCACAAGCAGGACAAGCUCCGUCUGCAGGCAGUGGUGACAAAGGAGACGAUGCGAAGCUGCCUGGAACCAGCCCGAUUGGCGAGCCGGAAGAUAUACCGUAUGCUGACGACGUUGAUGCCAUGGACAUUGACGGCUGA